AUGGCCGACUCAAGUAUGGUUCCCGACAGCCCUCCGCUUGCUAACGGCACCUCCUGUGCUUCUCCCCCGUCUUCCUCUCGUGCUGCCACAAAAUCCAACUCUCACACAUCCUCGGUCUCAAGUGUUGAUCUUGACAGCGAUGGUAUUAUCAGGGAAUCGUACCAAAGUCGCGGCCUUUCGCCGGAAGUUGCCGGAUUUCUGCUGCACUCCUGGAGGGAGAGCACGAGAGUACAGUAUGGGUCGCAUAUUAAGAAAUGGUUGUCAUUUUGCUUCGGCAGGAAAAUUGAUCUCUUUCAGCCAUCUUCAGCUGACCUUUUAGAUUUCCUCCUUUCCGAAUUUAGGAGGGGUGCAGGUAGGACUUACAGCUCCAUCAACACGUUACGGUCGGCCAUCUCGGCAGUGGCAAGUAUCAAUGGCCAGCCGGCAGGACAACAUCCCUUAGCUACAAGGUUUAUGAAAGCAGUCUUUCAGGUGAGACCGUCCUUACCCCGCUACGGUACGACCUGGGAUCCUCACUUGAUCUUGGAUCACAUCAUAGGUCUUGGGCCCGAUAAAGAUUUGUCCUUGAUUCAGUUAUCAAGGAAGCUAACAAUCCUUAUGUUGCUCCUCUCUGGUCAACGCGGUCAGACUUUACAUAUGUUAGACAUUAGGAACAUGACUGUUUCGGACAGUCGGGUCUCUUUUAGGAUUGGUGAUCCGCUAAAAACUUCUAGGCCAGGUACACACUUGUCAGAAUUGGUUUUCGUAGCCUAUCCCCCAGACAGGAGGUUAUGUGUUGUCACCUCAACGAUGAGCUAUCUAGAACGCACAAACAACAUGCGGGGUUCGCUCACGGGUUUCUUUCUCACAACAAGACCUCCAGUCAAACUGGCUUCACGGGACACAUUACGUCGCUGGACGAAAGAUGUCAUGCGAGCUGCUGGCAUUAAUCUUGGCAUUUUUUCACCUCAUUCUACCAGGUCGGCGUCAGCCAGUAAGGCGGCCCUGCGGCUCCCUUUGUCGACAAUUAUCUCUACUAUUGGCUGGACCAGAGAAUCUACAUUCACGAAGUACUACAGGAAGCCCAUAAUUGAUGCUGGACUGACGUGGAGCUGGUGAAGCGGGCAUCUCGUUUACUACCUCAGUGACGCAGUUAAAUGUUCGUGAAAUUACGAUCAAACAUCAUACUUGGUAAGUAUUCGUU